AUGCUGGCCGCCAUGCUGGGACUUGUCGGUGGGUUUUGCCUUUUUGGCACCUUUAGCGCGCUGGUGGUGAAUGUGAGGAUGGCCCUGGAGAGCAAGGAGAAUGAAGAGAGGCGUUGGGUGCACUUGAUGCUUUCUGGAGCCUUGGCUUUCAUCCUGGCCGGGCAGCUGAAGUGUCUGGCGAUGCUGCCCAGCUCCUGCCUGCCAAGAGGGAAGGAUGUCCGACUGAGCAGGCACUGCAGCUGCGUGCUGGCCCCAUGCCGGUACGACGCACUCCAGGUGUCAAGCCUCAAGUUUCGCGAAGUGUACCUGGAAGAAGGCCAGCAAUACAUCGACUGGAAGAAGUCCAAGCCGGUGCACAGAAGAUGCGGCAGCAGGCUCCCGUCUCAAAAGACGUGCCUGUGCUGCUUAGACGACUUUGAGCCAGCCUCUGCAGCAGCUGUCUUGCUUUGCGGACACGUCUUUCACGAGGAGUGCAUUCUGGCCUGGUUCUUGUCGCCUGGAGGCCACUUGGGCUCCUGCCCGACGUGCCGUACGCGCACGACCUCCGCAGCCCCCGACAGCGAGGUUUAG